GGCUCUGAGCUGUCAGCACAGAGCCUGACAUGGGGCUCGAACUCAUAAGCCGUGAGAUCAUGACCUGAGCCGAAGUCGGAUGCCCAACCGACUGAGCCACCCAGGUGCCCCUGUGUUGGCUCUUUUAUAAUGAUUGAAUUCUCUUAAAUCAUGACCCUUACUUCUUCUUCCAACAUCUCAAUAUAGUCAUAUCAAAAAUUCUAAUUAAAUUAAUAGAAUUUCCAUUAUCACAAUGAUGCAAAUAUUAUCAGUAUAGAAUUAGUAUACUAUGGUUCUAAUAAUUGUCCUAUUUUUACACAUACAUGGAUUUCUACAUACUUGUCAGGAUGAGCUACAUUUUGUUGGGUAACACCCCUAACAUCUUGGUGGGUCAAAACAACAGAGAUUUCUUUUUUGCUCGUGUUGUAUGUCCACUAUGGGUCAACAAAGGGAGUGGCGGAGGGACUCUACUCAUUGGAAUCCCUAGGGGUCCUUGGCUUUUGGGGAACCCACCAUCUUGAACCUGGUCAGUCAGAAAAGUGCUCUGGAGGGCAACCAGCAUUUAAACGCUCUGGCUCAGAUUUGAGACACAUCACGUUUGCUUACAAUUUGUUGGCGUGAACUACUCACAUGGCUCCACUACCCACAAGAUGCCUUUAAAGAGCAGUUCUGCCAUGGGUCUGAAAGGGGGAAAGCUAAAAAUAUUUGGUGAAAAGAAGUUAAAAUUAUCCCUGAAUCUUCUAAUUUUCCCCGUUGGUCUGUUAUAUGCAAUCACUUGUGUUUCCCAAAUGUUUAAAUUUAAAUUGAAGACCUCCUGCACAGCUGUCACAAUGGAGACUUUCCUUUGCCAUUCCCUACUUAAAUGUUUUUCCUUCUUAGUUCAUUCCUUUUCAUCAGUGGGGUACUAUUUCAGUAGCUUCCUAAGAAAGUAUUUAGGGGAGCUAAAAGAUACAGGCAAGUUAUAGCUGAGUUUUUCAUAGCAGUCUUCCCUAGUCUUACCUCGAACUAAUUUUUAGCUUGGCUGCAUAAAGGAUUUUGGGUUGGAAAUCACUCCUAAGAAUUUUAAAGGAAUUCUCCCAUUGUCAUCUAGCAUUUUAUUACUGUUGAGAAGUCCCAUGUCAUUCUGAUUCACGUGACCUAGAUUUUCUGAGUGGAUUCUUUUUAGAAUUUUCACUUUAUUCUUAUUCUGAAAUUUCACAAUGAUGUGCCUUGGUAUGAGUCUUUUAAAAAUGAUUUUUUCUUCAAUAUUCUGUGUUCAGCUGGGGUUCUAAGAAUGUGGGGACAUUAGAGCAUUCAUAAUUUUAGUCUAGAGAAAUUUUCUUACAUUUGAUAAUUUCUAUCUCACUUUUUUUUUAAUGGAACAUUUAUAAAUUAGAUGCUGGAUUAACCAGGUUUAUCUUCCAUGUAUCUUUGUUUCUUUGCUAUUUGCCAUUAGUCUGGCAUCUUAAUUUUUUUUUCUGUAGGAGGUUUGCAUGAUUUUAUUUUCUGAAUCUUGUACUGAUUUUUUUAAAAAAUGGAUUUAUCAUAAUUUUAGUUUCCAAGUACUCUUAUUUUUCUCUGUUUGUUCCUUCUCUGUAGCAUCCACUUGUUUUAUGGAUACAGUAUCUUCUCAUCUCUCUGAAGAUAUUAAUUAUAGUUUGUGAGACUUUGUUUUAUUCCUACAUUAUCUAGCUCUCUUUUACCCUGUUGGUUCUUCUCUCUUUUCAUUCUGGAGACUUUCCUCAAAUCUGAUAGUCUGUGAAUGUCUGUUCACAUUUAGGAAUGGGGUUGACUGAGAGCUUUGUGAACCUGUUAAUAGGCAAGCUACACUGUGAUGUCACUGUACAGACAGUAGUAGCAUUUUCUUUGUGGAGCCCAUAUAUGAGUAUAUGAAAGUCUGGGACUAUUUGUCAUCUCCAGCAAAAAAUCUAGCAGCAAGAGCUCUGAGGGUGGGGCAUACACUUUGCUAUAGGAGUUCCUGAGACAGGACAAGUGAAGUAGGCUCAUUAACAGGCUCACAAAACUUCCUUAAUCCUCUAGCUUUUACAUCUUCAUACUACCCAUCCCUUUGCUGUGGUUGGAAUCUCUCUACUUUAUUCCUUUAAUAAGGACACAAUUACAAUCUUUUUGCCUGGGGAUUAUGUGGUGUGAGGAAAGAGAUUUAAGGAGGAAACUAAUAUAUAUGGAUAUUUUUACUACUCCCCCGUCCCUGAAAUCUCUAUUUAGACUUGAGCCUUACUCUUGCCUUGUGCAAUAUCCAGCACUGUUGGUUCCUGAGCCUCUUAAGGAUUCUGUAAGGGAUCAUCACUCUCUUCCCCUUCUGGUAGCUCCCUUUGCAAGGACUUUUGGUUCUAAUUUUCCCUGCUCAGCUAGAUUGGUUACCACUCCUCCUUGAUAUAUUCUUUUUUUAAAAAUGUAUUAAACUUUUCAUCUGCUGAUAUCUCCUCUCCGGCCUUCUUGUCCUGAGGACUUAAAUCUUUUUUAUUCCUUUAUCAUUGUUUUAAUGGGGACUCAGGAAGAAGAAAGGUUCAAUGUCUGUGGUCAGGAAGCCAUAUUUAACUGGAAAUCUCUUUUAUAAAAUAAGUUACUUCAUAGCUUUGGUGACCAAUUCUUUACCUUCCCAUGUUGUUCACAACUGUUUUUUCUCUAAGCAGUCUGAGCCCUGGGCAAGAAAGGUCAGCCCUUUCUCAGGAGAACUUCAAAUUCUAGGCUUAAGACUAUGGUAAACUCUAGUGUUCUGGCUUAAAAGUAGCAUUGCUUAGUUGUUUUAAAGCAUGGGCUUUGUCUGAGAAGGCUGGGGUUUGCAUUUCAGCCCCAUUGCUUUCCAGCUGUGUGACCCUGGGCACGUUUCUUAUUCUGUUUUCUCAGUUAUAAAAUAUGGGUAAUAAUAGUGCCCACCUCCUAGGGUUGAUAUAAGAAUUAAAGAAGUUAAUACAUGACCUUUAAAGCGCAUAUCAAUUAUAAAAUAUGGGUAAUCAUAGUGCCUACCUCCUAGGGUUGAUAUAAGAAUUAAAGAAGAUAAUACAUGACCUGUAAAGUCCGUAGCGUGGUCCCUAGCAAAUAAAAAGUAUGCAGUGAUAGUGGUCAUUAUUAUCCUUAUUUGAAAUAUUUGAGUAUUUCAGGUUGUGUUGUACCUAAAGUUUGUUUUAGCUCAUUUCAGUAUUCUCAAAAAAUAGCAAGUUGAAUCUAUGACUUCGGAUCGCUCUCAGCAAGCACUGUUCUUGAAUCUGAGUUUAGUUCAAUUUCUAGAAUCGGUAUUCUGUGCUCUUCGGGUAGUAAACCUAUUUUCACUGGCAAGGUUAACACUUAGUGAUCUUGCAAGCUCAGAAAGGCUGAGCCAUAUCCCAGAAGGUUGAAGUUAGUGUCAACCCAUAGUUUAGAGCAGAUGCUGGCAAACUUUUCCAUUAAAGAGCCAAAUAAUAACUAUUUUUGUUUUUGUGGCGCAUACAGUCUCUUUCUCAGCUAUUCACUUAUGCCAUUAGAGUGUGAAAGCCUCCAUAGACAAUGUGUAAACAAAUGGACCUGGCUAUGUUUUAAUGAAACUUUACUUACAAAAAAAUGGUGGCACUUGGGUUUGGCUGUUGGUUAUAGUUUGCCAAAUCCAGGCUUAAGGCAUAGUGGAGAAGAAAGGGGGACAGGGGAAGGUGUAACCAAACCAACAGGAGUUCACUGCUUGGUGAGUCAGAAAUUGCACCAGAUUGAGUUGCCUCACAAAGAAAACUUUAUUUGCAGCAAAUAAGGAGAUCAUGGGGGAAUUGUUUCCAAAGCUUUGACUCUCUGAGCAAGGGUGGAUGGGUUCCUUUUAUUUAGGUUAGGAUGAAUAUCUAAAUAGGGAAGCCCUGCCAUUGUAUGUAGAGGUGGCAUAGGGUCUGGCAUGAGCCUUGAGGCAGCAUGCCUAUGCAUACAUUGUGUUCUAUGAAUGGGGCUUGUGCUCCUCUUUGGGCAGGGACUUUAGUAUUAUAAUGAGGUAAAGGAAGUUGUCUGUCAUUCUAGAGGUCAUUCCCUGGUCUGUCAAUGUAGGCCUCAGUCAGGGGUUAAACUGGUCUGGGCCAGUUGGAGGUCACUAUCACUGGAGGGGUAGUUUUGCUUUUCAUUUGCCUGAUUUAAGGGAUUAGCUGGAAAGAAGAGUUUAAGGAAAAAUGUGGGACAAAGGUUGAUGAAUAGAAGCAGGUGGGCAAUAAAGGUCAGGUGUUGGGGUCUAGUUGCUGACAAAGGGAGGAAAUAAGAAGGAACAGAAAUGCAUCGCUUCUCGGCCUUUUGGCUAAGAUCAUGUGUGAAGAAGGAACAGAAAUGUACCCAUGAAGAGAGAAGUCAGGCCUCUCAAAAGCAAUUUGGUAAUUUAAAGGAAGCUUGAGGAUGCUGACUACCCCCACUCUAUCUGGUUGUCUUCUGAUGGUGAACCUUGGGAAAAGUAGGAAGAAAGAAACAGUUUUUUUUUUUUAAGUUUUUGUUUAAAUGCCAGUAUAGUUAACAUACAGUGUAAUACUAGUUUCAGGUAUACAGUUCAGUGAUUCAGCACUGAAAUAAACGUUUUUGAAUUGUAUUCUGAGAAUCUUCACAUUUUCCCCCUUUUCCGUCACCUUCUUCUUUGACUCCCCUUUCCUUGGUUAGGUAAUGACUUCACACUUCUUCCCCUGUUCCUAGCAGAGCCCAUUAAUAUGAAAGGGUAAAUUACUAGUAAUAGUUUGGAUUAUUACUCCUUUUAGGGAAUCUGUACUUUAAAAAAAUAAAAUGAAAGAAUAUGUUUUUUCCUCUUAAGACAUUGUUUUGUUUUUGUUUUUCGUAAUGUAUGCAAUGGACACACCUCAUUUCUGAGCCUCAUCCCACCCUUUAUCCUGUCUGGGGGUGUGGUUCAGAGAUUGGGUGGGGAACCAUGGUUUCUGUUGCAAAUAUUACUUGGUAAUAAAAACAAUGCCUCAGUAAUUUGAGUUGUUUUGAAACAGUCAUGUCAAAAUGUCCUUUUUCAUCAAAAACAAACGUUUAACUUUCUAACAGGGUGAUUUGAUUGGAUAACCCCAGUGGAAUAUAUUCCAAUAGAAAAAAUAACCACACACACAAAAAGCUGAAAAUUUUUGGUAAUCAUAUUAUUGAUGAUAGUGCUUAUAUUCCUUUCCUGUAUAUGGGAUAAUUUAAGUGAGUAUUAUUUUGGUUUGUUUAAAAUUAACAUUUUCAUAGUAGUUAAAAAAAAGCUAAAGGUAUAAGAUCAAGGAGAUAAAGUAAAAAUCCCAAAAUCCUGAAUUUGAAUCAGAAGAAUCAGUAUAAAUUCAUAGUAUUCUUUCUUUAAAAAAAAAAAAAGACAUUUUCAAGCUCUGUUUUCAAAAAAGACUUGGAAAUAAUAAUUUCCCCAGUAUCAGUGUGUACCCCGUGCAUCUGGAUUCUGUUCACUAAAUAUCAUUUCUUACUAAGGGAUGACAUCUCCUUGGAGAAAUGGAUAAUUCCCUGUAUGGGGAAAGAAAUGUACAAGAUUAGCCAGGAACAUCUUGUUAGACCAGAUAGUAAUAAAAGCUCCCAGUAAUAUGCGGAUUAUUUUAAAAAGACUCAGGAGACAAUUUAAAUAAACUACUUAGAAAAGAUGGGACAAUUUUAAGCAUUAAUAAGAAUUGAAUGCAAUUGAUUUAAGCAUAGGGAAUGUGUUUAAAUCCACGGGUUCGUAAUGGUACUUUAAAACAACACAUACACACAAACACAGAAAUACUCUCAACUCUUCAUUGGCUGCCUUUGGAGAAUACUAGGAAACUACCUUAUUUUAAAAACUGGUAAGUAGACAAUCUAGCAUGUAUCCUGCUGUUCCUAUAUGAUAACUAGGGAGUUGGUAAGAAGUUUCUCUUUACAGGAAUGUUUCAGUUAAUAAAAAAGAAGCAAUGGUAGAAUUAGAAAAUUAUGAUUUUGUAAAAAAAGAAAAUUAUGAUUUUGCAAUCUGGAUGGAUCUAGAUCAGGAGUCAAUAAACUUUUUCUGUAAGGGACCAGAUAGUGAAUAUUUUAAGCUUUGUGGGCCCUAUAGUCUCUGUUGCAACUAUUCAAGUCUGUAUUGGAGUGUGGAAGCAGCCAUUGGCAAUGGACGUGAUUGUUUCAGUAAAACUUUAUUUAUAAAAACAGGGUGCACUGGUUGGAUUUUGUCCAUAGGCUGUAGUUUGCAGACCCCUGAUCUAGAUAAUGAUUAUCAGUAUCUGAUAAUAUCACAAUAAAAGAGACACCAGGUUUUGUUCCUCCUAAUGGAGGUACAUGGCUCAUCUUGGGGGGGGGUGGGGAAACCAGAAUCUGAUGAGGCUUUUUGAUUUAACUACCAAUUUUCAGAGAAUAAAAGGAACAGAGGAACAUAUUAGAAAAUGCAGGAAGAAGCAGUCAGCAAAAUCUAGACUUUGGGAAACUCCAGAGAACAAACGACUUUUUAAACAAAUUUUCAAGAGGGAAAAUAAUAUGGAGGAGUAAUCUAGAGAUUAAAAAUGACUUAAGAAACAUAUCACAUAGUUUAUAGUCUAGGGCUUGUUUCCCUGUAGGAGCUCUGUAUUGCUGGAGAAGGAGCAAAAGUGCCCUAAUCCUUUGAGGAUUAAUUUAUUCAAAAGAAGUAACAGAAAAAUACUCAACAUGCAAAAAGAAAAUGAAGGAAAACCACAGAACAUGCCAAAGGUGGAGGCACACUGCCCUUCAGAAGAUGUACCACAGGAGAGAGAGGGAAAUCCUCAGCCUUCUGAAGGUAUAAGCCAGGAAACAGGAAGCCUGAGAGGAGGGCUGACCCAUCCUGGCCUGGGGUUUAAAGAGGACACUCCCAUGAGGCAUUUGGACCUGGAAGAAAUAAUAAGAGGCGUAGAUGAGUGGGAAAGGCUUAAGAAAGAGAUAAGAGUAAGAAACAAGUUUGCGAUGAUGCAUUGGAAGCAAAGACAUUCAUGCAGCUGUUCUUAUCCUGUGUGUUCUAGACGGUAAAUUCUUUUUUUUUUUUUUUUGUCUGAUAUUAAAAUCUGGCCCCUGCUUUCUUUCUGUGUUUUCUGAUGUAUCUUUGACAUUUGUUUUACUUUUAAUCAUCUGGUGGAAUUGUUUUUUUAGGUAGUGUCCUUGUUACCAGCAUCUCACUGGAUUUUGUGUUUUGACCCAUUAUGCAGAUCUGUUUUUUAGUUGGAAAGUUUUACACAUAUGCAUGAAAAUUUAUUCAUUCUAUAUUGCAAAGUUAAACAUAACAUGUUUACAAAGCAGUAUAUUUAGUAUCAGCUCACAUAGGUAGGAUUAAAUCACAAAUUGUAUGUAUGCAUGCAUAUGUGUAUACAUACAUCCAUAUGUCAAAAACCUAAUGGCUUAUUUCUGUGUGGUGUGAGCUUUUUUCUUUUCACUUAUAUGUGUUUUUUUCCUGAACAUGUGCCACACACACAAAAAGAAUUAAAGUUUUGUAAUUAAGAGUCAAAUCAUUUGCAUCCAGCUUAUAAGGACAAUGGAGGCACCUAAAUUCUUGAUAGAACAACUAUAAAAUAUGUAAAUCACAAAUUACCUCUGGAUCUCUUUGCCAAAGGAAUAAUGUUGGCAAAUAUUACAGAUUUUAAAAAAACCAUAUCAAAUAUCAAUGGGUGAAUGUGGUUGUUUCCCUGCAAAGAUGGUCACCAGUAAUUUCUCCCAUCUCUAAAUAAUCCUGUCCUCCUUUUAAGAAAUGGGGUCUGUUCCCCUCCUUUUGAGCCUGGAUUGAUUUUAACCUACAUUAACCCGUAGAAUAUGUUAGAAUUGACAUUGUCCUGGGCCUGAGUCUUUGGCAUCAGCUGCUUUUGCUGCCUUGGGGCCACCAUGUAAAGAGGCACAUCUACCCUCCUAGAUUGAAUGCACGGGGGGAGAGAGGUCCCAGCCUUCUAGACAUUCUCCUCAAGACCUGCAGCCUGAGAGUUAAGCUUGGUUAUUCCAGCCCAGUCAAGAUGCCAGCUGAAUAGAGCUGUGUGAAACAGAAGAAUCACCCAACCAACCUACAGAAUCAUGCAAAAUAAUAAAUGGUUAUUUCAAGUCACCAAGAUUUGGAAUAGUUUCUUAUGCAGCAAUAGAAAAUGAAUAGAUACAUAGAAACUUACUUGGAAAUAAUUCAAACAAAUUGUUAAAAAAUUGUGUGAUAAUAGGGGAAAUGUGAAUAGUAAAUAGAUAUUUGAUGUUAAGAAUUAUUAGAAAUCUGAAUAUAAAGUUUUAAAAGUUUCAUAUUUAAUUUCUAUGAAUUUUAUUUUUUAAGGUGUGAUAAAGUGUUAUGGUUAUAUUUUUAAAGAUAUGUGUAUUGGAGUAUUAAACAUGAUAUGGGGAGUUGUUUCAAAAUUCCCCAUAGAGGAGAAAGGGUUGGUGGAAUAGAGAUGAAAUAAGUUUGACCCUAUACUGAUACUGUUGCUGGAUGAUUGGGCACAUGGUGGUGGUUCAUUAGAUAGUAUCUUUACUGUUAUAUUUGUUUGAGAAUUUUCAUCACAACUAAUCAAAACUGAUAAAUUAAAAAAGAAAAGUAUUAAGUUAGAGAACUUAUAUUCUAAGGGUGAAACGCCAGCCAUCCUGCUGCAAGUAAGGUAGUUAAAUUCUUAAGUAGCAGAACCUUCCUCACCAUCCUGAAAAUACCAUGAAGGUAAACACUCAGCAAAACCAGUCUUAAAUUAUCACCCUUACUUAGGACUUUUAAGGGGAUUAAUUAUAUUUAGGAAAUUGAUGUUAGAAUUUGUUUCCUUUAUUAAACCUAAAGGGUGACAUGUUGCCUUAUUUUCACCCAUUUAUUUAUAAGACACUACGUUGGAAGUCAAAAAAACAAACAAGUCCUUCUCUUUCGACUAAGAAGAUUUUAGUCAGAUCACUUGACCAUUCUGAAUCUCCAGUUCCUCAUUGGUAUCAAGUGGAGACUUUCAUGCUUUUCUUGAUAAUUCAUCAGGCCUUGAGACAAACUGGUGAUUUCUAUAGGAAGUAGCCAGGGGAAGGCUGACAAGCAUGCACCUGUCUCUACCCAUGGCCUUCUGGAAAUGAAAAAUACCUAGGGCAUUCUCUAAAGAAUCUCUACAGAGAGGGCAGUGUAUAAUUAAAGAAUUUUGGUGACUUGGGUACUGUUAUGAGCUGAAUUGUGUCCCUAGCAAAAUUCAUAUACUAAAGUCCUAACCCCAAGUACCUCAGAAUGUGACUGUAUUUAGAGAUAAGGCAUUUCAAUAAGUUAUCCGGUAGGGCUAUAAAAGAGGAGGAAGUUAGGAUACAGAUACGCAUAGAGGGAAGACCAUAUGAAAACAGAAGAUAGACCAUAUGAAAACAAAUCAAGGAGAAAAGAAACCAAUCCUGCCAACACCUUGAUCUUGGCAGUUGUAGCUUCCCAAAUUAUGAGAAAAUGUCUGUUGUUGAAGCCACCCAGUCUAUGGUUCUUUGUUAUGAUAACCCUAAAAAAUGAGUAAAGGUAUGUUUAUCUGGGUUAGCAGCAGAACUUUCCUCAUCAUCUUUCCAAUCUCAAGAGAUGAUUCUUAACAAGAGCCUGUCUCUUGGCCAUGGGCCAUAGGAGCUAAGCCACAUAAUUGGAGGAGCUAGAAGGCAGGAGGAUAGGAAAGAAAAGAGAAAACAAACCAAAGGAAAAAAAAAUAGAGCGGAGCUGAAUGGAGCCCUGGUGCUCACCAGACUUUAUGAGGAAAGUACUGAAAAGGAAUGACAAAAGUGCAAACAUCACCUCGGCAUAACAAUGGGGCUUGAACGCUGACCUGUACAUUUAUAUUGCAUAUACAGGGUGGGGAUUUCUGGGCAUAACCUCUUGAGGUAAGGUUAUGGUUACAUUAUUAGUAAUUAUAGGUAGCUAGUAGGUUAUCUGCAGUAGCUUACUUCUGGGGCAGGUAAAUGUUUCAGAGAGAAAGUCACCUGGGUAUGUAUAUUUAGAAAUUAGAAACACUUUAAAAUGAAAAAUAUGUACACAGGUACUAAUUACUUAUAUUUAGAGUUUUAAAAAGAGUAGGAGCAACAUAGGAAGAAAUGUGUAUAGGUACUAGGUAAACUCAGUAUCAGUUUUCAUUUUCUGCACUUACCUUGUGCUUCUCAACUUAUUAUGGAAUCAACUAACCUUCAUGAUUGAAAUCCUUCUCAAUCUUUUAGAUCAAGUUCAAAGUCUCGUUCCCCAUGUAGCAUUCCUGGACGCUCCCUAACUAAAUAGUAAUUAUGAGUAUAACAAACAUGAUAAUGAAAUUCAGAGAAGGAGUUUUCAUGCCUUUGUGUUUUUGUCUUCUGGUUAGUUCUUCAUGUGUUUUUCUUUGGAGAUUGAAAUCUGCAGCAAAUGGUCAAAACUGUCUUGACUUGUAGCUCUAGAUUGCCUAGAAGAUUAUGUAUUAUAUAUUGAUUCAUUGAGGAAUAUUUAUUAAAUUAUAGUUUGUUUUGGGGUGCCUGGGUGGCUCACCCAGUCCACCUUCA